AUGGCAGAUGAGGCAGCUGGUGUCGCGCUACCCAGCAAAGCUUCUAAGGGAAAACGACCUGCCGACUCUGAAGCCCGACGUCCAUCUCAAGAUAGACCAAGCAAAAUAGCCGGUGCACGUGGAAACAGUCAAGCAGGGCCCUCCCUUUCACUACCUCGGAAAGAUUCAGACAGUCGAUCUGAGAGUGGUGCAGAGUCUACCUCGCAUCAUCAGAUCUGGUAUCCCCCGCAGGCUGCCUACGCGGAUGAAGAUCCAGAAGAAGAAGCUCAGGCGAAUCUGACCAUCAAGCCAUCAGUACAGGCUUCUGAGCCGCCCAAGGAUGCCAGUGCCACACCCAACGAGGCUCAGCGCCUAAUAGAGCAGCAGCAGCUCGACGAAUGGAGGCAGUAUCCCCCAUUCCCUUCUGCAUAUCCGCCAACGCCGAUAACGACAACGGCGAGGCUCAUCCCAAGCUCGAUGGCUUUACCGUCCUCGCUGUACCCGCCAAUCGAAGAAGAGAUGGCUCAGCAGGAUUUUCGCCAGUCGCUCCUGCCACAGCGUGAACCCUUGAAUCCCACUCACGCGCGUGACUCGAGCGACAGAGACACCACCAACUUCGGGAUUUACCACUAUCUUGCCAACCAGCAACUCGCCAAGGACACGGACGACAGCAUAUCGACGUCAGACGACUAUGAAGAUGAGGACGAGGACGCGUUCAACGUGACACUGAGGACGCCCCUACCUCCGCAGGGCUCGGUGCGGUCACAGAUACACUCAAGACGCUUCGUGUCGAUGAUAUCGGCCUCGUCGGUUGCGAGUGUACCGAGCAGGUCGUCCGCACUGACCACGGUCGACUCUCUGAGGACGCAGACGUCGUCCGACUCUUCCUCAGCACCUGGGCCAGCCAUGCUGUCCUCAACCGUCAUAGGAAAGAAGCGGUCGUACCCCAAGACCAGGCCUCUAAGCACCAAGAACCGGGUACGCCAAGUCGAGGACGAAGGCUCUGAAGAGGAACCUGAGGACCUCUCCGAUUCUGAGCGCCCAAAGACCACCUCCGCUCCGCGACUUCCUCCUCCUACGCGGAAGCUUACCUCAGACACCCUCCGGCCUCUGGCAAGCGCCAGCGAUACCGCCGAUGACGCCCUCGCUCCCUCCUCGGUAAGCAGCCGCUCCGACACCGAGGACCAGGCCGCCGAGGAACGAGAGGAACAAGAGGAGCACGACCCCGCUAUACCACCUGAGGAGAAGAGGAGGAAGGUCGUGCGCUCGCAGCACCUUCGGGCGGUAACUGCGUCGAGGCCUGUUCGGCCCCGCGUAGCGAGGUAUGCGUCGCCACCGCCCAAACAACCGUUGAAGCUCAGGCCGACAGAGUCAUCGGCUGCGGCGAGGUCGAAGAGAGGUGCUGUGCGUUCGAAAGCUGGUUCGAGUGCAAAUACGCAGGCGAAGACAAAGGAGAAGCCUAUUAGUUCAUCCGGUGCUUCGUCGCCAGCGUCUAUGUCUGCAGGCGCCCCGCACGGCGCUUCCACCAAGCCAGCUUCUGGAACGACCAGCAGAAGAAAGUGA